GCCUCGUCGUCAUGGCGGCCGUCCGGAAGCCAGUGCUGCUCGGGCUUCGAGACACUGCAGUGCGUGGCCGCCCCACGGGGUCGGGCGCCUGGACCGCUAGCAAGCUGGGCGGCCUUCCGGACGCCUUGCCCUCCGUAGCAGCGCCGAAGCCAGUGUGUGAACGUUGCAGGCAGCCUCUUGCCCUGGUCGUACAGGUAUACUGCCCCUUGGAAGGCUCCCCGUUUCAUCGGCUACUGUACGUAUUCGCUUGUCCCCGCCCCAGGUGCAGCAUGGGCGGAGCGCGCAGCUGGAAGGUGUUCCGCUCCCAGUGCCUGCAGACUCGAGAAAAAGAGGCGCAGGACGCACAGAAACAGGAAAACGGCCUUGCAGCUGAGGAUUGGUGUGAAGGUGCAGAUGACUGGGGAAGUGACAGUGAGGAGGUGCCACCACCACAGCGUACCUUGGAUUUUGGAAAUGAUCCCCACAGCGCCAAAGACACAGACUGUACUGCUCAGCUCCGAGAUCUCCACCUGCAGGAUACUGUCCUGGGCGCUGCUCCUCCUGUUUCUCCCGGGGAAGAGAUGGCCCUGCCUUCCCUGGUGCCCCAGUUCCUGCCCUACUACAUGUGUGUUGUAGAUGAGGAUGACUACAGGGACUUUGUCAGUCUAGACCACGCUCAUAGCCUUCUGAGGGAUUAUCAACAGAAAGAAGGAAUGGAUAUGGAACAGUUGCUUUCCCAAAGUCUUCCUGGUGAUGGUGAUGAAAAAUAUGAGAAGACCACAAUUAAAACUGGAGAUAAGAUAUUUUACAAAUUCAUGAAGAGAAUUGCUGCUUGUCAGGAGCAGAUUUUGAGGUACUCUUGGAGUGGCGAACCACUUUUUUUGACCUGCCCUACAUCAGAAAUCACUGAGCCCCCAGCCUGCAGCUACUGUGGAGUCCGAAGGAUAUUUGAGUUUCAGCUUAUGCCAGCACUGGUCAGCAUGCUCAGAAGCACUAAUUUAGGUCUUUCUGUGGAAUUUGGAACAAUUCUAAUUUAUACAUGUGAGAAGAGUUGCUGGCCUGAAAAUUGUCAGACUCCCAUGGAAGAACUUUGUAUUAUACAAGAAGACCCAGAUGAACCGUUAUUUAAGUAGAGAAUUUCCUUUUAUUUAUAUAAAUUAAAACAAAUUUUAAUGUCCA